CCACGGCAACCGGCGCGGCCGCCAUGGCGGCGCCCAGCGUGUUCCUGCUGGCCGUGAGCGGCGAGAUCGAGAGCGGCGAGUUCCCAGGAUUUGAUGAUCUCUACUGCAAGUUCUCCUUUGUCUACGGCCAGGACUGGGUCCCCACGGCGGGUCUGGAGGAAGGAAUCUCCCAGAUCACCUCCAAGAGCAGCGUCUUGCCCACCACGCUGGUCUGGAACUUGCCCAUCGACAUCACCUUCAAGAGCACCAACCCUUUUGGCUGGCCACAGAUUGUGCUCAGUGUUUAUGGGCCUGACUUCUUUGGCCAUGAUGUGGUCAGAGGUUAUGGAGCUGUCCACGUGCCCUUCGUGCCGGGCAGGCACAAAAGAACCAUUGCUAUGUUCGUCCCAGAGUCCACCUCGAGGCUGCAGCAGCUCACAAGCUGGUUCACGGGGAGACGCCCGGAGUUCACCGACCCCAAGGUGGUGGCGCAGGGAGAGGGGAGGGAAGUGACCAGGGUGCGCUCCCAGGGCUUUGUGACCGUUUGCUUCAACGUGAUGACCAAGGAUCUGCACAAGCUGGGCUAUGACGUGGGCUCUGCCCAGGGGCCUGGCCCACAGGGGUUCCACAGCUUCUGAACUGCCCAGGACCUGCCCAAAGCUCCUUCUGGGGAAAGGAGGAGCUGCUUCAACUCAAUCAUCCCAAACAACACCAGCCCAGGAGGAUUUGGGAAAAUACCAAGCUCUCAGUAAGGGUGAAGUAUUGUGGGAAUUUAUAACAUUCAGUGUUUGUAGGGGUCAGGCUGUCUCAGAGCAUGGCCUGUAAGAAAAUAUUUUUAUAGCAGCCUUUUGCACACUUUUUUAUAGAAUUAAUGACACUAAUCAAUGACAUUAAAGUUUCGAGCUGUAGCAGUUUCCCUGCAGUUAAAACUUUCCCAGCCCAGUUUUUUUUUAGUGAUUUUUUUUUUGUAUUUGUCUUGCAAAUGAGGAAUUGAAAUUAUUGCACCUCCCAAAAAUAGUUCUGUGAAAUGCACCCCCCUUUUAACUCUUUUAGGCUGAAUAAACUCUGUUGUAUCAAUAGA